AUGCUCGAAGAAGAAGAAGACCGAGCUGUGACGUCAGUCCAAAACACGGAAGAAGAAGGAGGCGAUGCGGUGAUGUACGAAGCCAUGUGAGAAACCACUGACUGCAGCUUUAGCUAAACUGUUGCGGCCAAGACAGAAGAGCUGAAGGAUUUCCCCCACCGAGCAACACAUGCAUCACGAAGAGGACAAACAAACAUGGCGUUCUCGAACCUGUUCACGGGAUUACCGUUGGACCAAGACGUCACGCACAGUGGAGCUGGAAAAAGAAAGAGGAGAAGCCAGGCUGAGCAGAGAGGCCCUGAGCACAAGAAACAAGGUUACGAAGCCCAGAGUAACUGGACGUACAACACCAAACCCGUUAAAGAUGAUGAUUCAGCCGUAAACUACCAUAUGUCCAACACUGAACAUUCGAGGACUGGCUUCUCCAACGACAUGAAACACAACCACAGUGAUAAUUCUGGCCACAAGAACAUGCAUCACAAAGGUCACAAAGCAAAAAAGAACUACAAGCAACAGAAAAAUCAGGGGGACGGCAGGAAAAACCAGCAUCAUCAGAAGGAUAGAGGACGAUUUACUAAUGGAGGUGGCCACUAUCAGACUAGAUGUAAUCCAAGAAAAUUUGGAGGACAGGGUAAACGUAAAGAUGGCAAGCAGGAUUUUAAAGUGCCACCCACAAGACUUAUGACACAAGAGUUCAAAGACCAGAAUGCUUUGCUGGUGGAUGGACAGUUACUUUGUCGACAUUUCAUUUGGGGACGCUGCAUCAAGGGUGACGACUGCCAACUGAAGCACGUUAAGGGUUACAACGAUUUCAUCAAAGAAGUUUGCAAGUAUUACGUCCAAGGAUUCUGCACAAAAGGGGAGAGCUGCCCGUACAUGCACAAGUCCUUUCCCUGCAAGUUCUUCCACAGAAAAGGAAAGUGUUCUCACGACGUAGAUUGCAAGUUCUCCCAUGAUCCACUUAAUGAGACCACUAGCCGACUGUUGGAGGAGGUAUUAAAACGGGACAAGGACCUUUAUGAACUUUCAAAAAAGAACGAGCAGGAGUCGUCAGAACAACCAGCAAACACAGACGAGACUGAAAUGACAGAGUCUGAGAAAACCCCUGAUGUACUAACACAACCACUCAGGCCUAACUUUUACAACAGUGGAGAAACAAACACUGAGCAGGAAGCUUUAUGUAAGACUGAAGAACAGUGUGAAAUCCCAGAGGUGGCUGUCCCUCGAGAAGCCUCAGAUAGUGCCCAUCCUCACAGCCCCCUGUCAGCGCCGCUUAAUCACAAGGAGCCAGUUUGUUAUUCAGUCGAAGCGAUGCUCAGACCUCAGCUUUUCAAACCGUUCCCUAGUUUCUAUACAACUCCUGGAAGUCAAGACUCUGCAUCUCUCUCUGGUCCACAGAAUUCCUCUGAUUGCACGUCAGGCUCUGCGGACCAAAGCAAAGCUCCCUACUCUGUUGAUGUUGUCAGGUCUUGUAAAUCGGCAGCAAGUCUUAUCUUUGACCACAAAUCUUCCCCUCCUACUGCACGGUGUGUAUCAUAUGCUCCAAGAACUGACUGUGAACAGCUCACUGAUCCUCUGCUGAGCUCAAACACUGACAAGGUCUCGUAUUCUCCAAAUACCAGAAAUGAAGCAAAUGAAUCCCAGGAGAAAAAGUUCAAGUGCCCGCCAUCCUUCCACACGCACCCUGCCCUUAUAUCAAAGACAUGUCCUGAUCUUACUGUGGCCAGUGGGGAUGACAAGAAACACUUUGGGGCAGUAGCUGCAUCCUUGAAACCUUCUCCAAGAGCUUCCUGUGAAGUUAAGUCAGAGUUGUUGUAUUCCCCUGCGACAGUGGCAGAGAGGUCUGCGUUUCCGUUUCGAAAAGUAGAUAUGCAAAGAAGCCCCCACCUGCCUGUGUAUACUUUACAGUCUGUGAAGUGUAAAAGUCAAGGUGUUUUCCCCACUAAGCUCAAAAGCCAGACAUUUAAUCCUCCACAGAUGCGGCCACAUCUGUCUGGUCUGAUGUCGAAAUCACAAGCCUCAGCAAAGCUUCUUGGUCCCUCUUCAGGGUUGCCAGAGUUUAAAGGUGGAGCUGCUGUUCCCGCUGAACCUGUCACCAGCUCCGCCAAGACAAAUAACGCUGGAAACUCUGACGUUCAUCAUCUUGCAGCAAACCAACCCACUGAGACACAUGAGCACUCCAGACAACUACGACCCACCCUCCAACCUGGCACACAACAACCUACUUCCUCUGACGCCACAGCAGAGUGCAGCAGCAACACGGCACAUUGUGCUGACUCUUCAUUUGGAUGUAAUAAGACAUUUCAUAGCCUUUUUGCAAGCCCCAUCACUGACAGCCAGAAGCCCACUCCAGAUUUUGCAACAACCUCCACUUCGCUUCAAUCUUCCUGCUCUACUCGACUGUCCGCACCUUCCAGGAGUGACGAUAAUCACGUCCAAACUGUGGUUGAACCUGACAAGCCCUCUGCCAGGUCCUUCCUCUGCCUCUUCUCUUCCCCUCUCAGUGCUGCUCCUCUGCCACGCAAGGAGUCUCAGCCAGAUUGUUCGAGGACCGCCUCCUCGUCUCAAGAGUCAAACCAGCUGCCUGAUAACGCCACUCAUUCAUCAGACUCUCAUCAAGGAGCUUCCAAUGCAGAGAUGCCUCUUCCACGUCUGGUCAAAACUGACGUCGAGCAAUCUUCUCACAGACCAACAUCUCCGAAAUUCUCUCCUCGUUCGAAAAAUGAAAACGGAGAAGAUUUAUCUGAGGCUGUGAGCCAACCUACAAAGCAGCAGGUGAAUCCCGCCUGUCGCCUUGUGUCUGAUUCUCUCAGCCCGACUCCUUGUGGUGACGGUGCAGAAUCAACCACAUCUCAGGCCCAUCAUCAGCUGCCCGACCUCUCAUCGCCCAAAGGAUCUGCAGCCACUUCAAAUUCAGUUCUGAAGACUCUCUUUCUGUGUCUGAGCCCAUUCGAAGAGGAUGGAGAGCCACAGCACAGUGCUCACACCCCUCUCCCUUCAGGAAGUGUAAAGAAGGAGCAGAGCGGCACGGGGGACGGCUUCGUUAAGCAACGACAGAAGAAGAAAAAAAAGAGACGAAAGAAAAAGACUCCGUAUUCCCAGGAACAGUCCGCUGAGAAGAGUGCCGCCCACCCCACAGAGCAUCAGCCCUCUUCUCAGACCCCUCUCAUCUCUGUGGAGGCAACGGUCGGGUCAACCUUCAGCGCUCCAGCUAUGACUGAGCCUCAGGUCAGAAGCUCUGGUACUCACAACUUGCCAUUCAGACCUGUGACGCAACUGAUGCAGCACCACGUCCGACCGAGAAUGAAGAACAGCUCAGAGGAAGGAAAAUGGGAAAAUAGGAAUGUGGCGGUCACACCACUCAAAGACCUUUUUAAGACUUUAGACACCACUGUUUUCAACCUCGGGCAUUAAUAUUGGAGUUACUUUUGUUUUAUCUCUCUAACAAUCUUGAAAAUCUAAAUCUUUUAUUCUUUUGGCACCAAUGUUGAAACAGUGACAAUGAAUGUGGUUAUUCUCUGAAUCAAAGUCCAAGAUUGUGAUCUCUAUAACCAUGUGUUUGAAUUUUAUUUGGUUGUUUUAGUGUGAAAAUCAAACUUGUUCACUCGGUCAUACAUAUGUUUGCCAAAAGUUUUGAUUGAAUCAUAUCAGUGUAUCCAAACAAUAUUGCUGCUACGUUCGUAUGUAUUGCCAGUUUAUUAGGUACAUUUAGUUUUUGAAAUACAAACGCCCUAAUAAUCUGGUAAGUGAGUAUGUAAUGCAUUUGUUUACAUUUUCUCUUUCUCUAUGGUCAAUCAUGGAAACUCUGUUUAUAAGGGGUGCACAUAUUUAAAUGUGUGUAUCCCUUAUGUGCUAAAUUUCAAACUCACAAGCUUGUAUUGCAUAAUUUCUUCGAAACUAUACGACUGAAUUUUUUUAUUCUACACUGGUAUGCCAUUUAAAAACUUUGUGAAAAAUCUUAUUUUUGUUCAGUGUAGAUAAAAUAUUUGAAUAUAAGAUACUAAAGACUUUAUUAGUUCAAUUAUAGUUGAAUAAUCUGAGGUUAAAAAGUUACAGAAAUAUAUCAGACAGGAUACAUGCAUAAAAUGAAAGUUUUAUUUUUCUUGUUGGGUAUGUAAAUUACAUCUUGAACAAUGAUUAUCAUUCAUCAUUACACCACAAACUUUGUAUGCUGUGCAUAUAUGUAAGAUAUGUGUAUGAAACAUGCUUAUUAAAAUGAUUUCUUAA